AUGCUGGAACUAAGAUGAGAUCAGUUGAUAUCGUCACGUGUCUGUCAUGGCAAUCGAGUCUGAUUCACGGAAAGUCACCGUCUUAGGAUAGAAGCGGCUCGGACUCAGUUCGGGAACGAAGACGAUGAUGCGGUAGAGCCACGUAGAGUGACUGGCGUCCAGUGUGCAGUUCGUGACACAGUGUUCACAAAACGGAUACGUUCCCGGAAAUAAUAUUCUCCUUACGCAACCGUGCAAUGGUUCGCAAACUCCGCCCAUCGAUACGGCGUUCUGCCUUCGUCCUACUCGUGCUGACGCUCAUGCCCGUCGUUCGGUGCACCCGUUUGAGUUCUCGAACGGUGACGACGCGCUACGGAGCUCUUAAAGGAAGUAUAGUUACCCUCGAAUCAGCGGUGCGUCAAAACCUUCAACCAGUUGAGGUGUUUCUAGGGGUGCCUUACGCUUCACCGCCAUUGGGAAAUAUGCGUUUCAUGCCGCCCGGCACGCCGACUCAGUGGAAAGGCAUCCGGAUGGCGGACCGUUUCGCGCCGGUGUGUCCACAAAAACCGCCGAAUAUCCAAAACGAGACCGAAGCACUAAAAGUCAUGCCUCGCGGUCGAUAUGAGUACCUGCGACGGCUGCUGCCCUUUCUGCAGAAGCAAAGCGAAGACUGUCUGUACCUCAAUAUCUACUCGCCGGCGGUCGUGGGCCGAUCCCCUCUCCACCUCCCGGUGAUGGUUUUCAUCCAGGGAGAGUCGUACGAAUGGAAUUCAGGGAAUUCCUUGGACGGAACGCUCCUGGCCAGUUUAGGGAAUGUUGUCGUCGUAACCCUGAACUACCGACUCGGCAUUUUCGGCUUCUUGCCGCCGAUCUCGGAGAACGGCCGCGGCGGGAACAACGGUCUCCUCGAUCUCGUUGCCGCGCUGCAUUGGAUCCAGGGCAACAUCGCCGAGUUCGGUGGUGACACGAGGAAUGUCACCGUUAUAGGACACGGACAGGGUGGCGCCCUGGCGAAUCUCCUCAUGUUGACACCAAUGGCCAAAGGGUUGUUUCAACGAGCCGUGUUAAUGUCGGGAUCCGCACUCAGUCCGUGGGCGAUCGCCCGAGAAGCUCCGAAGUUCACCAAACGCAUCGGUCAAGCCCUCGACUGCCCCAUCGAGGACAAUAAGGCACUCGUCGAGUGUCUGAAAACCAAACCUGCCGCCGAAAUCAUCGCCGUCGAGGUCGAAGCACCGGAAUAUCACUCGGCAUUCGGACCUUGCGUCGACGGCAUAGUAGUCGCCAGAGAGCCCUUGGUCUUGAUGGAGGAACAUUCUGUCGCUCAACUUAAGACCUACGACGCCAUAUUCGGAGUCACGUCUUACGAGGCCUACGAUUGGAUGUCGGCGGAAGAAGAGAAAUAUGGGAUCGAAGCAGAGAGACGAGAUCGGAUCUUGAGAACACUUGUGAGAAAUCUGUUUACAUACCAUCAACAAGAGAUACUCCUCACAGUGCUGAACGAAUAUACCGAUUGGACUCGGCCGUUCCCUCCACAUCCGCUCUCCAUCCUUGACUCUACGGCCGAGGUUCUCGGAGAUGCUCUCGUGGUUGCUCCUCUUUUCCGGGCAGCGAGUCUCCAUGCGAGAGUGGCGAAGAAUUCUUUCGUCUACGUUUUCGGCUACAUGACAGAGCACGGCGACUACCCGAACAGGGUAGGCGGCGCACAUGGCGAAGACCUUCCGUAUCUGUUCGGGGCCCCGUUGACACCCCUCCACAGUCAUUUCAAAGACGGCAACUACAGCAAGAGCGAACAAUCCCUCGCAGAAGCCUACGUCAGCUACUGGAGUAACUUCGCUCGCGUCGGGGACCCGAGUGUAUUUCCCGAAGAUGGAGGAGCUGCCGAUCGGAAUAACUCGAGGGAUAGGAACCGUUUAGAUAGAUUGCCUUGGGCAGCUUUCGAUCCAAAUCAUCAGAAAUUCAUGUAUCUAGGAAUGAAACCGAAGCUCAAAGAUCAUUAUCACGCACACAGACUGUCUCUGUGGAACCAUCUCAUACCCAUGUUGCACAGGUCUGGUGGGUCAGAUGUGAGUCCCUCUCAUCACCUGUUGGAUGGGCAUGACAAUCCGCAUUUGUUUGAUGGAGUCAUUCUCGGAACCAACCUCCAACAGAUGCCUAGCUUCAAAGUGGGUGCAGGCGCCCCUGGGGGCGUGAGCGACGACGAAGAUCAUGCUCUCCAGGAGAACAGGCCCGUCCGUUCCUCAAUGGCUCCCUUCACGAAAGCCUCGUAUUCGAAAUCGCUCUCUUUGCAGUUGGCUCAUAAAGGCUCGGCGGCCGCUUCAACUCCAGAGCACGUCGCCGCGUCCGUCUCGAACGCCAGUAGUGGAGUUUCACAUCCGCCAAAGUCUCUGGAUCAUCUCCUGCUGGAGUACGGUGGCUAUUCAACCGCCCUGAGUGUUACAGUCGCGGUUGGAUGUUCACUGCUUGUUCUCAAUUUGCUCAUAUUCUGCGGAGUGUACUAUCAAAGGGAUCGAGUGAAACAGAGCAAAGACUCGAAGUCGAAGAAGCGGAAACGUGAUAAGAAUGGCUGCCAGUCUAGAGGCGGUGUGAACGCAGCGGCGAGUAAUAUCAGCCUCGGUAAGGAUCAUCAACAGGACAUGAUGACGGCAACGUCGAUCCUGCGAAACGCCACGUCGAUGCCCGACUCUCCUCAGAGUCAAGUACGGGCAGAGUCACAACAGCACACAGCCACCAUAAACCGGCACCUGCAUCCUCAGGGCAUGGUCAAAGCCGCGCCACCACAGCUGCACUUCCAGCUGUCAACUGUAGAGUCUGUCGAUUAUCGACGUGGAGGCGUGAGCACAGCGCCGGCGGAUUCCCGCGGAUAUGAAUCGGCAGCCCCCGAUACGUUGAGUUUAUCUAGACGUCCAAAGGAUUCGUACGACGCAAUGCCGACGGGUGAGAGCUGUGUCGCUCCAUACGCAUGGAGUCCCGAUAGGGUGGUUCAUUUCCAACUUGGCCAACAGAAUAAUCAACAGAACCUCGAAUGGGAGCCCCGACACACAGGCGAUCUCUAA